AUGGCAACUGCUGCAACAACGACGUCAAAGUCGCAUAGCGAUUAUUCAACUGCGAGCCCAUCAUUCACCACAAUCAUUCCAGACCCUGCACUGAUAACAGGCGGACCAAGUUCGGGCAAGAGAAACAACAGUGGACUAAGUUCAGGAGCAGUUGCAGGAAUCAGCAUCGGAACUCUAAUCAUCGGCGCACUUCUCGCAUUCAUUGCAGCUUUCUUCCUCUUCAAGCGCCAGAACCGACAAGCACGUGCCAAUGUCGGCGGUACAGGGUACACAAGCUACGGGGAAUCGGCACCAGAACUCGUGAUGAUGCAACAGAAAAGCGUUGGUAGUUUAGGAGGAAGAAACAGCCCCUACGUGCAGGUCUCGCAGACUCCCGCACCUCGUGUGGUUCCGCCCCCAGCUCCGAUUCCUGUACAACAGACGACACCUGAAGAUGCGACUGCCUUCUUACCGCCUGCUGCGCAUGAUGACGAGGUGCAUGGUAGAGUUUCCGGGCUCCUCGACAGAAUCCAUGAGCAUGUAGAGCGCUUUUACCGCGAUGUGCAUGCGAGUAUUACACCAAGUAUGGAGCAUGAAAUCGCAAAGUUUGGAAGCAAGGAUGUGGAGAUGGCGGAGCUCCUUCAAAAUUGCUCAAAUCCCACUACGGCGCUCAAGCAUGCGCUCGUGGCGUACGUGCUUGGUAUAACGGCACCAAAGUCCAACGAGGGUGAACAAGGAACUGUCUUUCCUGAAGAGCUUAGUAGGAUCAUUAUCGAGAAUAGUACCGAAACUGCCUCUAAUCCGAGUGUUAUCGCAGCAGCCUCUCUCCAUCGGCGCAUCUCUGUAUACCUCUACACUGCCGUCUCUAACUCACAGGAUUCUCGCGAAACAAGACUCACUCAAUCAAACAUACGCGAGGCAGCUGAGCAUUUCUCUUUGACAUUCUUCCCCUGGGCGAAUCCUGCAUCUUGUGAUCAGGACAAAGAUGAUGACUUGGGGCGCAUCAUGACAGAGGCACUAGAGAUCAGUAUAUGGCUGUUAGGACAGCCGGGUCUGUACGAGUUCGAGUGGGAGGGAACGGUUGGAGGUGUGGAUGAGACAAGGAUAGUCGAGGGUGUCGUCGUCGCAAUGUAG